AUGAAAAUGCCCGCUGCCGAGGACAAGAAGAGGUAUUCUUGGUACACGCUUGACUUACGAAUGGAUGACCCAACAUCCGUCGUCUUCCUCGACAUCGACGGCGUUCUGCGGCUGGAAAGCGUGCCAGUGAUCACCGUCGAGGGUGGCGUGCUGCCCUUGAACCUGCAGGGGGUAAGGGACGCGGGUAAGCCCCGCUCCCUGGUGGUUGCGGGUCAGCCCCGCACCACACGUGACCGCGGGAAGUCCCGCGUCACAGGUAGACCGCCAAGACGGCGGGUCGAGGUCGCGGCAAAGGAAAGCCGGCAGGACCGCGGGCAGGCCAGAAGGCUUGCAGCCGCUGAGGAGCGGCAGGAGCCACCAAGAAGCCACAGGGCAGCCGCUGAUCCCUCGGCUCAGGAGCGAGACCGGAUCCUCGGGACGACCGCGGCCAAGAGCCAACCAAGGAAGCCCAGGCAGACAGAGGCUGGGUACGAGAAGAUCAAGUGGAAGAAGGAGAGGCGACGAAGGAAGGAAAGGAGCCGCCUCGACCUUCGAUCGGCUUCGGGGCGCAAGAGGGACUUAGAGGAGUUCCUGACAGAGCAAUCCGCUCGCUUUGCGCAGCAGAGGCUGGUGACUCAGGAGGCCCAGCUGUUGCAGCUGCAAGCGUCAGGAUUGGCGGCCCGGGGAAGGCAGAGCACCUUCGAUACCGACAUGCCGGGCCCAAGCCAUCCACCGGCCCCAAGGGCCGGCCUGGUAGACACCAGGCAACUCGGGAAGCCCGAGGUUUUCAAAGGGUCCACGGAGGAAAGCUUCAGUGACUGGUCGUUCAUCUUUGAGUCUUACCUUAGCUGCAUCGACUCGAGGUACAUUGACCUGCUGGAGCAAGCAAAGUUUUCCAAGAAGAGCUUCCCAAACAGGGCUCUUUCGGAUGUGGACCGGGACCUUUCUUGCCAACUCUAUUAUAUCUUGGUGAUGCUCCUGCGCGGUAGGCCGCUUGACAUCACUUACAACACAGGCCUCGGAGAAGGUCUUGAAUCCUACCGGCGCAUCUUUGAGGAGUUCCACCCGAGGGUUGCGUCACGCUAUGUGGGCACUCUCACAACGUUGCUUUCAAGCAAGUUUGGUGAUGAUGUUGAGGGGGACUUAGCGGCCUUCGAAAAGAGCGUCCGGAGGUAUGAACAGGAGAGCGGCAAAACACUAGAUGAGGAGAUGCUUUUGGGCAUUGUGGUGAAUGGGCUAAAGGACAGCAGCCUGCAAAGCCACAUCAUCCGGAACUCAAGCCGGCUCAAAUCCUUUACGGAUGUGAAGGCGGAACUUUUGGAGAUUUCGAGGACCAACCGCGUCCUGCAGAAUCUCCCGCAGCCAAUGGACCUUGGAGCUGCACCGUGGAAAAAGGGCAAAGAGAAGGGCAAGGGCAAAGACAAAGGCAAAGGCAAAGGCGACAAAGGGGGUAAAGGCCAAGGCUCAGACAAGCAAAAGCCCCAAGGCGCAAACCCCAACAAGGAGCCGGACCUUUGCUUUGGUGUGGUGGCGGCAACGCCCAGCACCGAGGCCAGUGAGACCGAGCCCUUGGCUAGCGACCAGAGGCUUAGGAGCCAGCUCGAAACCAGUGCUGGGACCUUUUCGGUAGAGUACGCUGAGUCUGAAAAGGUUAGGUUUUCGGUGCUUUCUGCUGGCCAAGCGGCCACGAAAGGCACCUGGACGGUGAUUGGCCCCGGUGUGCAGUGUAUGGUUCUAGAUAAGCAUGCGUGUAAGCUUAGGAAAGCCCUAGGAGAGACCAAAGACACGAUGCAACUCAGAAAGAAGAGAGGGGUAUUUUGGCUCCCAGUGAACGUGGUGAAAGAAAGUGAAAGGGUUGAAGACCCAGACGUGUUAGCAGCUACGAGGGCUGCUAAGAAGACGGUGCCAGCAAAGGCGCUGGCAGGUGAAGGCGAGGAGCCUGGUGAAGCGGGUGACUCCGCUCAGCCGGGCCAAAGCUCAAGUGCGGGCGGCCCCGCCGAUGCGGGGAGUUCCGCUGCGAACCCUGGUGCGGGUAACUCCGCCGGUGCAGGGAGUUCUACUGACGGCCCUGGCGCGGGUGGCCCCGCCCAGAGGCUUCCGGAGAUUGGCGACGUGCCAAUGGAAGUGUCUGAGGCCACGCGGCGGCCGAAGACAAAGAAGAUCCCGGACACGGUUAGCAAAGCCGAGUUUGACGAGCAUAUGCUUACGCAUCUGCCCAUGCGAAGCUGGUGCGAUCACUGCAUGCACGGCAAGGUGCGUGAGGACGCGCACUCAGCUCGAGAGCCCAGCGGUCGCGCGUCGGAGGUGGCGCGCAUCUCCCUGGACUACUGUUUUCUGGGACGGGCCUUGAAGGGCCCAGUGAACUCCGUGGAGGAGGUCAAGGUGCCUCAGGAUGAGAAGGAUGGUCUCCUUCCCAUUCUGGUGAUCGUGGACGAAAAGUCCGGUUGUGUUUUCUCUGGUGUGGUGGCUAAGGGCGUUAACCCGUAUGCCACUGGAUUGGUGACUGAAGCGCUCAAGUUCUGCGGGCGCCAAAAGGUCAUCAUGAUGAGCGAUGCUGAGCAUAGCAUCCGGGCACUUGCUGAAAGUGCCGCCAAGUCCUGGACUGGCAGCGUGCAGCACCAGACUGCACCGAAAGGUUCUCACGCAUCUAACGGCGCGGCCGAGCGAGCCAUUUUGGAGCUGGCGCGUCAGGUGCGAACUCUUGCGAGCGCGCUGGAGAAUCGCUACAAGAAGCCCCUGGAGACUGAGGGGGUUGUCUUUCCGUGGUUGGUGCGGCACGCAGGGUGGCUCAUCUCCCGUUUCUUGGUGAAGCAGGACGGGAGAACACCUUACGAAAGGCUUCGAGGCCGGGACUUCCGCGGUGAAGUUGCUGAGUGCUGCGAGGUCGUGCACUACAAGCUUGACAAAGAGAAGACUGGCAAGCUGGACAAGCAAACGUCAGUUGGAGUUUGGCUAGGCAAGUCUCUUGCCUCCGACGAGCACUUCCUGGGCACUGCUCAGGGGAUCCGUCGGUGCAGAAGCAUCUGGCGAAGGCCAGAAGAGAAGAGGUGGGAGCUGAAACACCUCGAGGGGAUGGUUGGGCUUCCCUGGCAACCGCGCGGAGAGCCAACCACCGUGCCUUCAGACAACAAGGCCCCAGCGACUCCAGGUCGCAGGCAGCCCUCGGUGUAUAUCACCUUGGAGCGUCAGAUCAAGCACGGCAAGACACCCGGAUGUCCUGGCUGUGAGUGUGACGAUGACAACCCAAAGCGGCACAACGACGAGUGCCGUAAGAGGUUCGAGAAGUUGUACCCGAGGCAACCGGUGCCAGGAACGCCUGGUACACCAGUCCCUGGGACGCCUGCGGGACCCAUGGAGACUGAAGGAGGUCAGGCCGAGAUGCCCAGGGCACCGGCCAAGACUUGGAGUCGGGAAGCACCGAGCCGAGGGACCUCUGAGGCUAAGUCAGGCCAGAAGCGAGAGGUUGAGGAUGCGGGUGUCCCCGCUCCUUCAAGUGACAGCGGGCAGCGCCGCGUUACUGGAAAGAGCUCACAAGGAGCGAAGAAGCAGAAGACGCCAGAAGCAAGAGGUGAAAAGCGUCCUCUUGAGGACCAGGAGUUGAUGGGGGGACUGCCCACGCUCCACGAGAAAGGCGAGUGGGAGCCUUUGUUUGCUUACCCUCUGGACGGCAGAGUGGAGGAGCUUGGUGCCUACGACGAGCGAACAGGCCAGCCCCUUCCCGUUGACAAGGUCAAGACUGCAAGAGGGCGCGAGCUGGACAAGAUGGAGGAACACUCUGUCAAGAAGGACAUCUCUUGGGAGGAGGCGCGACGGCAGGGACUAAAGAUAGUCCGAAGCCGGUGGGUGGAUGGUUGGAAACCAUUGCCCAAUGAUCCGAAUGGGGUGCGCAGCCGCUGCGUAGCCCAAGAGAUCAACGACCACGAGCGCGACGACGUUUUCAGUGGAACACCGCCGUUGCGGACGCACCGCAUGGUACUUUCAGCUGCAGCCACUGCAAAGACUGGCAGGACCAACCGGCGCAAGCUUAUUGCCCGGUAUGAUGUUUCUGUUGCCUUCUUUCAUGCGGUGGCCACGGGCAAAAUUGCGGUCGUCCCUCCGAAAGAUCUCGAUCAAUCGAAGCUCUGGUACUUGCUCAAAGCCAUGAAUGGCACACGUGAGGCUUCGCGACAGUGGUCAAAGCGCGUGUGUGAGGUCAUGACGGAGGCAGGUUUCUGGGAGGGCGAAAGCGACGAUCUGGAUCGACUGGAUGCGCUGAUGAUGCAAUCCUUUGAGAGCAAGAUAUUGCCACGGAUUGGCCCUGAGGAGUUCGGAGGCCAGACCACGCAUGGCGAUCAUCUGCACCGCAUCAUUCGAUGGAGCGAGCGCGGGUUCACUUGGGAAGCUGAUCCUAAGUACUCGCGGCAGAUCGUUGAGGAGCUCGGGCUUACGGACGCUAAGAGCGCAGACGCCCCAUGUUCUACGGAAUGUGGGAAAGGCCGCAGGGAUCUCGAAGAUCCUUUGGACACUGAGGCUGCAGCGAAGUUCCGGAGACUCGCUGGUACUGCGCUUUACCUGUCCCAGGAUCGCCCGACGAUCCAGUAUGCCUUGUCGGAGAUCACCUCUGGCAUGGCAAAGCCUACGGUUGAACACGAGCUCAAGCUCAAGCACCUAGGCCGUUACCUUCUGAAGUACCCGAAGGAAGUUUGGCACUACGAGUACCAGGAGCAGCCUGAGGAAGCUGUGGUGCUUACGGACUCGGACUGGGGAGCGUGCAAGCGCACGCGCAAGUCUAUGUCCAGCUACACUGAGAGAUUUGGGAAGCAUCUCAUCGAUGCUUCGUGUGCCAAGCAAUCAGUGAUAGCGCUCAGCUCUGGAGAGGCUGAGUUUUACGCGUUGGUGCGAGGAGCUGCCGCCGGACUGCUGACAGCGCAGAUCUGGGAACGGAUUGGGUUUAAGGGUUUGAAGCUUACCCUGAGAACCGAUUCGAGCGCAGCGAAGGGAAUCGCGACACGCAAGGGCUCGGGCAAGGUGAAGCACUUGUCCAUGAAGGAGCUUUGGAUACAGGACUGUGUUCAGAGAAAGCAGCUUACGGUGCAGAAGGAACCUACGAAGAGUAAUUGGGCUGGGCCGACUUGGGCACGAAAGCUCUUUCAGGCUCAAGAGGGCUUGGUCAUGGCGUGCCUGUUCGCGUCCUUUGGCGUGGCUACGGGGCAGCCGAAGGAGCGCCAGCUCGAGACUGAAGACGUUUCCUUCUUCAUCUACAUGCUGAUCAUCCAUAUCUUGGCGAUCCAGACCAUUUGGCGAUGGAUCAAGUUUGCGUUUGUGUGGUGGACCACGCCACGUGUUUCAACGAAGCCGGCCCCUACAGCUGGAGGCCGCGUGGACCGACGAGGUCUAGAGGCGAAUGCGGGUAGCCCCGUCUACGUCACCCGUAAGGGCAAGAAGUUUCAUAGGAGACACUGUAGACACCUGGGCCAAAACCCGUACACGUUGCAGAGGGCUGAGGCUACGCAAAGAGGCUUUGGUCCUUGUACAGACUGCAACCCGUGA